CAUACACUAUCAUACUCUCACACAUACACUAUCAUACUCUCACACAUACACCAUCAUACUCUCACACAUACACCAUCAUACUCUCACACAUACACCAUCAUACUCUCUUAAAAACACUAUCAUACUCUCACACAUACACCAUCAUACUCUCUUAAAAACACUAUCAUACUCUCACACAUAAACCAUCAUACUCUCUUAAAAACACUAUCAUACUCUUACACAUACACUAUCAUACUCUCACACAUACACUAUCAUACUCUCUUAAAAACACUAUCAUACUCUUACACAUACACCAUCAUGUGAAUGCAAAUAAUCAUGUAUAAGGAUCCAAAUGUCAGUGAAUGUAAGACAGAAUGGUAGGGUAUGUGAAUGAGAAUAGUUGUUUGUGUGAGAGAGUUUGAUUGAAACGGAAACAGUCCUGAAUUCUCAGUGCCUGAUUGGCUAUCUUUGACGAAGCUGGAGGAAGCAGGAUUUCAUGGACAUGGCCCACCUUCCCAAUCAUGACUGAUAGAAGAAGAUGGCGGACCGGGAGAAACUCAGUGAAGCCAUUGGCCUUUUAAACAACAUUUUAAACUCUCCAACCGUUAUCACAACAAUGUCAGAAAUGUUGGAUCAAAGGCGACAGACACCCACAGGUGCCUCUUCUAACGCGACUGUGGAGGAGGAAAUGCGGCGGAUCUUCAGGGCUAGCUCAUCAGGUGUAUCAGGAAGUGCCAGUAGCACUUCGUCUGGAUCUAGCCUGAACCAAGUGAUGCAACCUCGAUAUCGAACUCAACAGUAUUUCGGUGGAUGGGCUUCAAAGUCAAGGAAGAGGCCUACUGCCUUAAAUCACCCAACCUUUAAUAAGGACAUCAUACUGCUACCUGAUUCUACAUGGGAUGAAGUCUGCAAACACAAAACCAAAAGAAGGCUUCAUGAAAGGGGCUAUAUUUUAAGUGCCUUUGAGAUGAGGAAAAUGUGGGACUGCAGGACAGUCAUUGCAGAGAUAAGAGAAGCAUUCAAGGACAGAAUUCCUGAGGAUGUCAGUAUUGAUCUUUUGAUGGCAUGUGGAAACAAACUGGUUUCACCAAAGUUGCGUGAGGGCCAGGAACUGAAUGGCUUUAUGAUUCACAAGGUGUUCAAAUCAAAGGCAGUGUACAUUAGGCCAUCGACAAAUCUUCCAUUUCCGUCUGACAGCACAGAUUCGGAGGACAGUUGUGUGGAGGUUGACGCUACAUCAGCAUCUAGUGACCACAGUACCAGUCAGACCAGUGACUGUAUGACCACAAGGGCCAGGGGAAACCAAACUGCAUCAAUACAGCAGAUCUCUAGUUAUCCUUUCACAAGAAGGGCCAGAGCUAACCAGCUCUCUGCAACACAGCAAGCAUCCAGCGAUGUCUUGACCAGAGCUAACCAGCCUUCUGCAACACAGCAAACAUCCAGCGAUGUCAUGACCAGAGCUAACCAGCCUUCUUCAACACAGCAAACAUCCAGUGAUGUCAUGACCAGAGCUAACCAGCCUUCUGCAACACAGCAAACAUCCAGCGAUGUCAUGACCAGAGCUAACCAGCCUUCUUCAACACACGAAGCAUCCAGUGUCAUUGACUUAGAUAGUGUUGGCACAGUGAACCAGACACCAUCAGCUAGUGAUGACAACUAUGCUGCCUACCUUUCGAUCAUGGGUUCCAUCUCAGACCUUUCUUCUGAUGAUGAGGAAGUAAACCAGGCAAUAAUGGCCAGUCCUGAGAGUCAUGUGGCAUCCGAACACAUAAAUGCAAAAUCAGCACAGGAAGUGCUCCUCAAUCUUGCAUCCCUAAUUGACAGUAACAAAAGAUGCAGGUUCAACAUUAAUAGGUCUUCAGUACUGGAUGGUGCUCUGCGGGGCUUCAGACGACUGUCCUAUAAUCCCAAGCACCAGAUGUGCAUCAAGUUUUCAGAUGACUUAGGAAUGAAUGAAGAGGCUGUGGACCUUGGUGGCCCUAGGAGAGAAUUUUUACGGUUGCUCAUGGAAGCCCUGGUACUGUCACCAAUGUUUGAAGGAAGAGACGAUAAAUUGAACUUGGCUUUGGACAGUUCAGCUUUAAGAGAAGAUAAAUAUUUUAUCGCUGGCCAGGCCAUUGCCGUAAGUCUUGUCCAUGGCGGUCCUCCACCAGGAUUCAUUGCACCAACACUGUAUUCUUGUCUAGUUGGUGGCAGUUCUUCAGUAAAGCCUGUCUUGGAAGACAUUGCUGAUACAGACCGCUAUGAGAAGGUUAAAAAGGUGUCCGAAUGUACGUCUUUGGAUGACCUGAUAAACGCCACUGAACCACUGCAAGAUUACCUGGCAAAUGCUGGGUGUCUCAGGCCACUGAAAUGCAUUGAGGACAGAGAUCUGCUGGUUAAAGACAUUCUCAUGUUUCAGGUGGUCCACAGAGUCUGCGGGGCAUUUGAAAGAUUUAAGGAGGGGCUGAAGACCCUUGGUGUUCUGGAUGCGAUCAGAAUGCACCCAGACAGUUUUAGACCCUUAAUGUGUCACGAACCAUCCCCACUCACUGCUGACUUAAUGGAUCACCUGUUCCACAUCCGGCUGUCUGCAGUGGGAAGCAACAAAAGAAGGGCAGAGGAACGUGUUGUUCCAUUUUGGAGGGACUACCUGCAGGAUGUUGAAGAGCAAGAGGGAUCCUCAAAGCUAGGUAAAAUCCUAGCCUUUGCAACGGGUGCAAGUGUCAUCCCUCCGGUUGGCUUCUCCCCUCAACCAUCAGUUGAUUUCUUGCAUGAUCAGCCUGUCAGCUCCAGACGCUGUUUGCCAAUGGCAAACACCUGCAUCAACUGCCUUAAGUUGCCGCUGCUUGACACAUACGAGGAUUUCAGGGAGAGUAUGGACUUUGCAUUAGGUAACACACAGGGUUUUGGUAGAGAAUAAUAUAUGGACUGUGAACAUUCAAGCUUAGCCAUUUGCAGAAAAAUCUUGCAUUUGAUGCUAUUACAGGUAACUAUUCCAGUUUGAAAAAAAAAAAAAAACACAUUUUCAGUAGUGAGCCAAAACUUUUUUUUUUCCAAUAACCAAUGCAUUCACAGGCUGUAUAGAAUACCUUUUUUCUGUCACAUUCUUUUCUAGUGGAGUGGUUGGGAAGUUAUUAUUAUUUUUUUUUAGGGUAUACAAGCCCAGUGGUGCAAAAAAAAGCUAAAUGUUGGUUACAUUAUUCAGUCUGUUGUGAGAUAAACUGUUUAGCUUAGCACUUUGCAUAAAAGUACUAUAUGCAGCCAUUUACCAUUUAUCUGUUAGAGUACAAUCCACAGUGUUCUAGUACUCAAGCGUCCUUGUUACUGUUCACUAAUAAAAUUCACCAGGCCUAAAAAUAAUUGUAUGCCGUGGUUACCAUCAUCACUCAGUGGGUCUACUGUCUCGUGAAUUCUGUUCAGAACUGUUUGAUUUGCAUUAAAGUUGUUUACUGGAACAACAAUAUUGUUUUCAGUCUCUAACUGUAGAAGGGUGUCUUCAUUGAUUUCCAAGGUAUCAUUUCCUGCUAAAAUGUCCUGAAUUGCACUGUUAAGAACCCCUCUCUGCCACAGUUGGAGAGGUGUUUGUCCUCCUUGUGUAGAUAAUCCAUGAUUGUUCCACUGAUUUCGGAAUUCUGCAGCCGCCCUCUGAACUCUUGGCAAGUAGAUGUAGUGCAGACAAAACAGAUGGAGUUCAUCUGUAGAAUCCAGUAUGCCCUCAUUUUCCAUGAAGGUGAAGAGGUUACUGAAGUGGAAUGAGACAACUCUGUUUAGCUCUGCCCACAACCGUUCAAUCCUCUGAUUGUGGACACUGCGUCCAGUAAUGACACUGCCUCUGUUUAAACCCCUUCUCUCCAGCAUAUACCGGGCAACUGCUGUGUUCUCCAUGCCAUGGUCACAGCGUACUCUUAAGGGAAGGCCAAAGCUCUGUACACCAGUACAAAACAGUUCCAGUACGCUUGAUGCCCUGUUGUUACUGAGGCACUGCAAGUAUAUGAUGGUCCGGCUAAAGCCGUCAACACAUCCAUGAAAGACCAACCUCCACCUCACCAGCUUAUGGUUUCCAUCGAUGUGCCUGUGGGGAGAAAAAUUGCCAACAUUUACUACUGUAUUCAGUCUUGCGAUAGACCCCACACCAAACCCCCACCUACCUGCACUCUGUAGGAACAUACAGCUCAGUAACUUUUAAUUUUUAAAGUCUUCCCUCAGUUUAUAAGCGAUAUCGCUCAUAAACAACCUUUCUAGGACAAUAAUUAGUUAAAAGACGGCGCUUUUUACAGCCGAAUCGAUGUUAUCUUCGACUUGAUACAUAAUGCCUGUGACCUCAUGACGUAGCUUUGACAGUUAUUUCACGUUGAAGAAAGUGUACGUCCGUAAACUGUAACCCGUAUUUGUAAUUUUGUAAAGCUGUAACUAUGAGUUGCAUUCUUACAGAUAAUUAAUACACUGCAUAAUCUAUGCAUAAUCUAUGCGUGGUUUGACUCAAACAAGAGUUUACAAUUUUUUUUGUAAUUUAUGCACAACUAUAGACUAACAUGCACACAUUUUUAAUACGUGCACGAUUUUUAUGUGUACACGCACAAAACUUUUGACGGUAACCUUACCCCAUAUAUUAAUAAUUCAUAUUUCCCCUACAACUCUAUGAUUCCAUUCCACAGAUAUGCUUUAUGUAAAGUCAUAUGGUGUGUUGGAAGCUUUGCAGCCUGAUGGCUGUGAGCUUGCAGCUGUGUGUUUUAGCAUACAAUUAAAACACAUUGAUUUGGCAAAAUUAAAUGAGAAAAACAGGCUAAAUUCCCCUAAAAAUGAUGGCAGUGGUUCCAGCAAUUCAGUCAUUGUUAAUAUUGUGUUUUUUGUGGCAUAGACUUCAAUACCAUAUCCACUGUAAUGUGCUGUUUUAGGCUGCAAGAGUAAGAAUGUCUGUAUACAUAUAUUACCAGUGUGUGUGUUCAAAGAACCAAACUUGAUGUAAUAUUACAAAACACUCACCAUAAUUGAUUAGGAGUCUGAACAUUGUAAAUUCUUCGGCGAAUUGCACGGCGGCGGCGGAAGGCCCGUCCAACUGGGUCAAGCUGUUGCAGGCAACGUCUCACUCUCCAACGCUGUAUUCUAAUGUUGCGUGAUCGGAGGCCUCCGAGCACAUACCUUUCUCCUGCAUUUGGGGUGGUUUGAAGGAUUGCACUAACAAUGUCAGUCAAGGCCUCAUCAGACAUUGCUGUGUAAGUCAGUGGCCCAAUUUGAAGUUGCUGUCUGUGCCUGUACAAUGUCCUUCUGCUGAUUCCAAAACAUACAGCUAUCCUUUGCCAACUCAUUCCAAGGGACAAACAGUAGGUAAUUUGUUCAUGGAAUAUAUUGUACUGAGGGCGACCAGGAUGACCAGUUCUGAUUGUUGGUGGUGCUCUUGAAGUAAACAUAUCCCUUUGUCUCAUUUCCACAGAUCUUGAGUUUUCAUACGAAUUUAUGAUGGAACAAAAACAUGCAUAGAGUGCCUCCAGUGCACCUAAGCUUCCUUGAAUGUCACCCCCUUCUAACUGCUGGCUUAUUGAGAGAAAGAAAGAAAUUGUCCGUGCAUAUCCGUUAAGCUCACAGAAUAAUCGUUCCAAAAUCAUGCUGUCAUGUCCCAGGCUGUCUGUUUCCCUUACAAUGGUCUGAACACACCUCAUGGUAUUAGUGAAAAAAAUAGCAAUGUCCUCCUCAUUACCAUUUACUCCCACAAACAAAAACUGAACUUGAAAAAGAAGGUAAAUAAGUGGAAAAAUCAUGACUACUUUGCUACUGUUCUUAAAAAAACUAUAAAGUUGUCCUUGAAAGUGCUGCUGCUUGAUUUGAAUGCUCCCACGUAGCUUCAGUUUAGCUAGCAGUACUCUGAGAAGGUCCAGGCUUUAUUUUUAGGGCUGUAAGCCAAUCAAGGAAUGAGGAUUUAAACUGUCUUCCUGUUUGAUCAAACUAACUUCCUGUUCAAUUAUACUCUUUCACACAUGGUACAAUUCCCUCUCACAUAAACCAUCAUAACUUCUUAAACACACAAUCAUUGU